UCACUUGAUCCUUCUGCAAUCUGGAGAACUUGGCAAGCUGGAUCAUUGUCUCCCCCAGGGCUAGAAGGGCUUCCAGGCUGCUGUGGGAAGCCGUCCAGAGUCUGCGGAGCGCUGGCUGAGGCCUAGUCUUCCUAACCACAGCUCCCUCUGCGGAGCGACAGGGGCAUGAUGAGGAAAUGGCUGCUGCUGCUUCUGGCCUGGGGAGCCAUCACCUGCAGUGCCCGGGACAGGACAGACCUGCUCAAUGCCUGCUUGGAUGCCAAGCACCACAAGACCAAGCCAGGCCCUGAGGACAAGCUGCAGGAGCAGUGCAGUCCCUGGAGAAGGAAUUCCUGUUGCUUCCUGAACACUACUCAAGAGCUGCACAAGGACACCUCUCUCUUGUACAACUUCAAUUGGGAUCACUGCGGCAAGAUGGAGCCUGCGUGCAAGCGUCACUUUAUCCAAGAUUCCUGUCUGUAUGAGUGCUCCCCCAAUCUGGGGCCUUGGAUCCAGGAGGUGAACCAGAGCUGGCGCAAAGAGCGUUUCCUGCAUGUGCCCUUGUGCAAAGAGGACUGUGAGCGCUGGUGGGAGGACUGCCGCACCUCCUCCACCUGCAAGACCGACUGGCACAAGGGCUGGGACUGGAGCUCUGGAGUUAAUAAGUGUCCAGCCGAGACCGUCUGCCACACAUUUGAGUUCUCCUUUCCCACGCCGGCUUCCCUUUGUGAAGGUCUCUGGAGUCACUCCUACAAAGUGAGCAACUAUAGCCGAGGGAGCGGCCGCUGCAUCCAGAUGUGGUUUGACCCGGCCCAGGGCAACCCCAAUGAGGAGGUGGCCAGGUUCUAUGCUCAGGCCAUGACUUCCAAAGCCGUGGCCCAUGGGAGAGGGCUUUUCCUACCCAGCCUGGCCCUGGCACUGCCCCUCUUACUCCUUGUGUGAAUGAAGUCUUCCCUAGGCCUCCUCUCUGCCUAUCCACAGCUUGGGUAACCAGGAUAGGCACAGCUGAGGGAGCCCCAAAUCUACCCAUAAUCUAUUAUCCAGCCCUCUGUCGCUCAGUUCCUGCUCCAUGGUGAGGGUUGGGGACAGUUCAAAUAAAUCUGU